ACUUCGUCAUAGUAUACAACUAUUUGCACAACUGUGGGCGCUACAGCAAAUGGUGUUGUCGCAUUUACGAGUAAGAAGCAUUUAAGACUAGGAACGUACGACGCCAGGAAGCCAGUCAGUCUUCAGUCGAGUGACGCACACACCAAAAGCACACGCAGACAUGCGUUUUCUAUUACUCUUGUUAGCUCUCUUUGUCAUCGCCCAGCAAUCCAUAUCCUUGGGCAAAGUUGUGCAAACCAGGCACACAUCAGUGGAGGAGGAAUGGAUGGAUAACGAUGGAUAUGAUGAUUAUUCGCCGGAGCAAGAGGAGGAGGAUGAGGAUGACAAUGACGAUGAGGAGCAGUUGCUGUUGCUGAAAGCUGCCGAAAAUCCCGUGGAUGAGGAUGAGGAUAGCUGCGAGUAUAGCUGCCCGCGCUACUAUCGUCCCGUCUGUGUGCUGCGCAACCAUCAGCUGUUGACCUAUGCCACGCCCUGCGAGUACCACAAUCAACUGCGAUGCGCCAGUGUCCGCCAGCGUCAGGGCCAGGCAGUUUCCACCUUUCAGUUUCAAUACAAUGGAGCGUGUCGUCAGUGAGGAAUAAUAAUAAUUAUAAUCUGGAUAUUAAUUCUUUCGUUGGGUAUAAAAGUACGCUUAAAA